AUGGCAACAGAGACAGCGGAGCAGAUGCAGGCCAAAGUCCUCAAGUCGCUCGAAGGCACGCGCUACGCCGCUGCCUCCCUCGAACGCCUAUCGGGCGGCGUGGGCAACUUUUUGUACCGCGCACAGCUCGUGACGCCCCUUGACGACGGCACGGCGGAAGUCGUUGUCAAGCAUGGGGAGGGCUAUAUAGCUAGGUCGCCCGAGAAUUCGUUGACACUGGAUCGAUGUAAAGUUGAAGAGGAAUGCCUGAAGGCCCUCUCCUCCUUCCGCGUGACGGGGCAGCAGGACUCGGUCAAAUACGUGGUGCGCACGCCGCACUGCUACUUCUACGACGAGAAGAGCAACUCGCAGAUCCUCGAGUACCUGCCCAACGGUAUCGACCUCAAGAACUACGCACUGAAGAACUUCGCCGCGCCGAGCCCGGACAGCCUCAAGCCGCAGUGCCACGAGCUCGGGAGGGAGCUGGCGCAGUGGCUCGUGGGCUUCCACCGGCAGUCGGAGCAGGAGGCCAGGGCGGCGCGGGAGAAGGGCGGGAAAUCGGCGCUGUUUGCCCAGCUCGAGCCCUGCCGCGAGAUGCAGCAGCUCAAGCACAUGAUUAACUACGACUGGAUGGUGCAGCGGAUCGCCAAGUUCCCAGAUGUCCUGGCCGAAGCCAGGGAAGUGUUCGAAGAGUUCAAGGCCGCGGCGCUGGAUGAGUUGAAAGGGGAGCUGAUGCCCAUCCAUGGAGACUUCUGGACUGGAAACAUCGUGCUGGCGAAUAUCGCUGUCGAAGAAGGCGCUGAGAUCCCUCUGUUCGUCAUCGACUGGGAGAUGGCCCAGCUCGGCGUACGCGAACUAGACUACGGCCAGAUGCUGGCCGAAAUGUACCAGCUGUGGCUAUACAAGAAUAUCGAUGCCGGGCUAUGGAUGGUGCAAGGCUUCGCAGAGGGCUUGCAACUACAGAGCGAGCGCGUGGCAUUCCGUACUGCAGCCCAGCUGGGUUGUCACCUGGUGGCCUUUGGAUGCGUGACCCCAGGUUGGGGAACACCUGAGCAGGGUCGGGAAGUCGCGCGCGUCGGAAGAGACGUCAUUGUGAAUGCGCGAAACGGGAACCGGGAGUGGUUUGAGAAGAGCGAGUUGGCAUGUUUGUUCAGUCACGUCAGGUAA